AAGCUAGACAAAAUGUUGUCUUGGCCAAGAAAAUAGUAACAACUAAAGGUAUUUGCAGCCAUAUUAGAUUGAAACAAAACAGAAACAUGUUAUCUCAAAGAAAUCGCUUACAAAGUGGAUGAUUUGGAUCAAAAACCAUGAUGCAUCAAUCAACUUUAGGCUUAAAGAAAGGUACAGAUAAAUCUUCCUACUUCUUUAUUUCUGCUUAAAUCUAUUCUUAAUCUAUUUUAGAAAAUUUAUUUUCAUCACAAUGAAGAUACUUUUCAAUGAGGUUCAAAGAAGUUGCAGAACUCUAUCAAAAUAUAGGUAAAUUCCCUAAAAAGCUCAUGCUCAACUGCUUACAGAAAAUGUUAACCCAAAGAGGCUCCAAAUCCUGAGUCUUCUGCGUGAGUUCGUCUCAGCAAAAUAUGAGAACAAGGAAAUAGAAGACUUGAAGAACUUCUGCAAGCUGACUCUGUGCAAAUUCGAGACUAAUGAAAUUGCCUCAGAUAUGAAUACAAUGUCAAAAACAGACAUAAACCUUGCAGAAAAUACCAUUCUGGCUUACAUAGCCAAAUACUAUGAGAAAGACCUUGAGCAUGUCAAAGAGCUGUAUAAGACUGAAGGAGAUCUUGGCCAAGUAGCAUCUACAAUCCUCCUGUUUAUGAAAGCUGAGAGACCAGACUUUAACGGUUCGUUCAAGCAAAAUCCUAUAACAGUGGAAGAUAUUAUUGAUAUUAUUUACAAAAUAAAGGCAAUUCAGGGGCAAGAUAGCUAUGCUAAGAAGUAUUAUCAGUUCCAGAACAUCCUCAAGACUGAGGAUCCUCUGGAAGUGAAAUUCAUUAUCAAGGUCUUGAUGGGGUCCCUCAGGAUUGGUGUCAGUGCAAAAUCACUGAUAAAGAUCCUUCAGGAGCUUCAGACAAAAGAUGAUAUUGAAGACCCCAAGCCGAUAGAAAAUCUGCUGAUUGAGCUUGAAAAGGAGGUUUUUGGAUACACUAUUAGAGAAAAUCCUGACUUUUUGAAUAUAAAUACACCAGUCCAUGCAAUGUUAGGAAGGUCAGCCAAGACAUUCAAGGAUCUGACCAAGUUCAUCACUGAUGCUAAGAAGGUCACUGAUAAAAGAGCCUUGUCAGAAUAUAAGUAUGAUGGAGAGAGAUCCCAGAUCCAUUAUGAUGGAGAAAAGAUUAAUAUGUUUAGCAGAGGGCACGAAAUUCAGAAUUUCAAAUUUUAUGCACUUCAUGAAACCCUUGAAGAAUAUUUUAAUAGAAUUCCUGGUCUUCAUAAUUGUAUUUUGGAUGGAGAGGUGCUCUUUAAACAGUUUGAAGGUGAAACUUCCAAGAUUAUCUCAUUUCAAGAAAUCGAGAAAAAGACCAAGAAUAGAACGGAAUUUGACGGAAAAUAUCCAAGUCUGUAUCUUUUUGACAUCAUGCAAUUGAACGGAGUAAACUUGAUCAAUGAGGAUAUUCUGACUAGAAAGCAGUAUUUAGAUAUGUUCUUUGAUCUAUCUAAGAAAGAAAAAUUAGACAACCCAGAUCAGCUGAACAAAUGUUACUCAAAGAUAAUAGACUUCACAGACCCAGCCGAAGCUAAGAAGGAGAUUGAUGCCAUGAUGAAAGGCUCAUUAGCGUCAGAAUGAGAAGGGUUAUUUCUAAAACUUGUUGAUAAAUCCCUAACUUCUUACGACAUCAGUGGUAGCAAUAGAACUCAGUGGAUAAAGUACAAAGGAAAAGCUAUUUCUAAGGGUCUCUCUGACUCACUUGACUUGAUCCCUGUGGGAGCUUAUUAUGGUAAAGGAAGAAGGACUGGCAUGUUUGGGUCAUAUCUGAUGGCUACUUAUGAUCCUGAUCAGGAUGUAUACUACACACUAUGUAAGGUUGGCACUGGGUUUAAAGAUAUGAUGCUUAAGGACUUCACAACCAAAUUUGAGAAGGAAGUUGUACCUCAGAAGUUGCCAAAUGUAGUCUUUGACUCAGCAAGCAAGACAAUGGAGCCAGAUGUGUGGGUCAACCCGAGCCAGGUCUGGGAGAUAUCCGCUGAUAGCUUCUCUAAUUCUAAGAAUUAUACCUUGGGAGAAGGAAUCUAUGCUAGUCUUAGAUUUCCAAGAUUUGUAAGACAAAGAGAUGACAAAGGAAUCAGACAAAGUUCUAACGUUGAGCAAGUUAAGCAAAUGUAUAAAGAACAGUAAGGCAUCUCUGGAUCCUAAUCUCCAUAUCUCUGAAGAUAUUUAGUC